AUCGACAGUAACAGGAAUGGAUAAAAGACGCGCGAUCGCGAUAUUGGCACGUGUAUUUUAUACACGCGAAUUUUCCUUCGAAUAGGCGUACGGUUUGUGGUUUAAGUAAGGAAAUUGUGUCCAGCAGUGCGUAAUCGUACAGCGGUACAAUGAAGUGUUACUACGAAGUAUUGGGAGUCGAGAGAGAUGCCCCCGAUGACGACAUAAAAAAAGCGUACAGGAAGCUGGCGUUGAAAUGGCAUCCAGAUAAGAACCUCGACAGUCCGGAUGAGGCUAAGGAACAGUUCCAGCUUGUCCAGCAAGCGUGGGAGAUACUGAGCGAUCCCCACGAGCGUGCUUGGUAUGACAAUCAUCGCGAGGCCAUCCUGAAAGGUGGCAUCGGGGAGGAUUACAAGGACGACUCCAUCAAUCUUUUCCCAUACUUCUCCCUCUCGUGCUUCAAGGGCUACGGGGACGACGAGAAGGGUUUCUACACUGUCUACAGAAAGGUUUUCGAGCAAUUGGCGGCGGAGGACGCUGAGUUCGCCGAAGAUGGCGAUUCCGACGAGGAAGUACCUGGCUUUGGUGACUCUCAGAGCUCCUACGAGGAUACGGUGGGCGAUUUCUAUGCCUACUGGCAGAGUUACAGUACCAAAAGAUCCUACGCUUGGGUGGAUCGGUACGACAUACGCGAAAUACGGAACCGGCAGAUUAUCAGGAUUGCCAAGAAGGAGAACAAGAAAGUGCGCGACAAGGCGAAGCGCGAGAGGAACGAGAUGGUGCGGAAUCUGGUUGCUUUUGUUCGAAAGCGCGACAAGCGUGUGCAGGUAUACGCGGCGAAGCUGGCCGAACGCGCCCGCGAGAACUUCCGCAAGGCAGAGGAGCGGAGGAAGGAGCAGCUGCUGGAGAGGCAGAGACUGUUGCGGGAUCAAUCUCAAGCUGAAUCCGAAUGGUCCAAGUUCUCGAACAUGGAGGCACAGCUGAAGAACAUCGAGGCGAAUCUAACGGCGGAGUUCGGAAUAGAUGACAGGAAGGUAACGACGAGAAACAGCAAUCCAGAUGCAUUUUAUUGUAUCGCUUGCGAUAAGAUUUUUCAGACGCACAAGGCUUUCGCAAAUCACGAGAUCUCGAAGAAGCACAAGGAAAACGUCAGCGCACUCAAACGUGUCAUGCCGAUCGAGGACGAGGAUCUCCGUAGUAGUUCUCGAGAAAGCGAUUCGAGCACGGAAAAAGAAUCAGUUUCGCUGAACGGGCCUAAAUUAGCAACAGAUUCACAGAUGCCUGAUUUCUUGCUGAACCCUCCUCGAAGCGAUUCGAAACCGAAUGACGAGGAUAAUGACGGUGAUAUCUCUCCUGCCGAACUGAUGUCGGACGAUGAGGAAAAUCCAAAAUGUUCUCAACCGACAACCGAGAAGACGAAAACAGAUGGAGAUGUCCCACUGGCCGCGGGACCAGAAAUGGGUGAAAAUAUUUCAUUUUCACAUAAAAUAGAAAAUGAAGAUGAUAACAUAACUUCCGAAGACGAAUUAAUAUCUGAUCAAGAAGAAGACGUCGCGCUGUCGAGUCGUCGGAAGAAAAAGAAGAAGAAGAAGCGUAGUAUUCAAAAUCCUAAUCCUGUGCUUGAACUUGCUAGCGACGACAACACGGAGAGCAUUAACGAGGAAAUAUGGCUGUCAAAGAAACAACGCAAGAAGUUACAGCAGAGGAAAAUAGAGCUGAGUAAACAGUUGCGAAAUAAAGAAGAGACGCACAAAGAAGAGGACCAAGAAGCAGAGAGUGAAGGCAGAGUGAUGGAAGAAGCAAGUGUUGUUGAUGAAAGACUGAAAGCCGACAAAGCAAAGAAAGGUUCUAAGAAAGAGGAACGAGAGAGUAAAGGCAAAAAUAAAAAGGAUUCAGUCGCGGAUGGAUUUGAUGGAUUUGACGAUCUGACUCAUCGCUGUGUUUCUUGCUCAUCUGAGUUUCCUAGUAAAAAUAAAUUAUUUGAACAUUUAAAGAAAACCGGACACUCUGUAUAUAUACCAGAAUUAACGAAAAGUAAAAAGAGCCAAGAGAAAAAGAAAAAAGUAACACCCAAAGGAAAAGACGACACGGAUAAAAGGAAACAUUGAAAUUAUAGUUAAUUAUUAUAAUUGAAGAGCAAUAUAAUUUGUUAUGAUUGACAUGAAAGGUUUCUUUAUGUAUGACAUGUAUCUUCUGCGGACUCUAUAGGGAUUGUGUUUCUGUACAUAUCUUGCACAAAGACUUGUUAGAAUACUUUAGUUUUUUUAAAUACUUGGACUGUUUGGCGAUACCUCCAAUUUCUUUAGGACGAUUAUAUCGAUUCAGAAAUGGAGAUUAACAAUCAAAUGUAAAAUAUGUUUUAAGAAACCAUGAGAAUGAAAAUUAUAUCAAAUAUAUAGCUAAUUGUAUAAUA